AUGCAUUCCAUAAUUCCGCAGUUGGCCGUUGUCACUAGCAUCAUCUACUGGACCGUAGUAGGCGCAGCCGAUUCGACAGAAGUGAUUGCAGAACCCUCUCGUUGCACGGUUGAGCUCAACCCGGGAACAAUCGCAGUAGGUAUCGCCAACAAGACGUUCAACGAUGUGCCCUUCUGUGCGUACCUUGGCCUACGCUACGCCGAACCCCCCGUAGGAGAGCUACGCUUUGCGGAUCCAGUGCUGCACCACGAACCGGAAGGCCUUCGUAACUACACCGCGUACGGGAGUGUCUGCGCGCAGUUUGAAAACAUCAACGAACAGACGGAAGUCGAUGGCGAUGAGGACUGUUUGUUCAUCAAUGUUUUCAGCCCCGUACCGAAAGGGGCCACCAUCAAGUACCCGGUGUUGGUGUUCAUACACGGUGGAAGCUUUGCGGCUGGUUCCGGUGAACUGCGAGGUGUGGACCUGCUCAUGGAAAAUGAAGUGAUCGUAGUGACUCUGAACUAUCGUCUCGGGGUACUUGGCUUCCUCAAGCACGAACGGUACAACAUAACGGGAAACUACGGACUGAAAGAUCAGCUGGUGGCCUUGCAGUGGUUAAACCAGUACGUCCGCCAGUUCGGUGGCGAUCCUCAUCGGGUGACACUCAUGGGGCACAGUGCUGGGGCCGGUGCCGUAACACACCAUCUGUAUAAUGCCCGUGCGCAGCCUCUUUUCCACGGCGUCAUGAUACUGGGAGGCUCCGGGUUGGCCUCGUGGGCAUUCCUGUAUGACCAUCGGAAGUGCGUCAGUAACUACAUGCGAGAUCUGGGUGCGACAACACUGACCGAGCUGCGGGAACUAGACUUCCAGAAGUUCUUCAUCAAAGACCCAAAGCUUCGGCACGCCUUUGCGUUUAGCAGCAUGUUCUAUCCCUGCUUCAUUCCGACGCUGGACACGAACCAGUCGGAGUCAGCCUACUUCGACCGAUCUGUUCAUCAGCAGGUACUGGUGGGUUCGCCUCCUUCGAUGCCGGUGCUGGUAAGUGAAACUGUCAACGAGUUUGAGCUGCUGUUGAAGCACGUCACAGACUUUUGGAUGAGCGACAAUUAUCCAAACAAUCGACAUCCGACUAUCAAGCGGCGAAUGUGGGAAGUUCUCGAACACCUCAGCAACUGGGCCGUUUACCACGGACUCGAAGAGUCCAAGAAGCGUUUCUACCAAAAGAUGGCGAAUAUGGCGAACCUGCGAUACCCGAUCAGGCGGCUCUUAAACACACUGAGCAGCGAUCCGCUGUACUACAUGCGGUUCGUGUUCGAUGGCAAGUUUGGCGAGAACAAGCGGAAAACCUAUGCCUGGUACAUCGAGCCAAACAAGUAUGGAGCCGUACACGGGGACGAGCUGAGCUAUAUCUUCAGUCCGUACAACUUGCAAGAGGCACUGACGAAUCGAUCCGAGUACCGUCAAGAACUGGCCGUCCACUUCAAGACCGUCGAGCUGGUGACCAAUUUCGUAAAAUAUGGCAAUCCCACACCCAAACGCAGUAAACUUUCGAACGUGGAAUGGCCACCGUACAACAAAGCACACAACCAGACACAGUACCUGAAUGUGGACAGCGAGUUUACGUUGCGUACCGUCGAAGACCGACGCGAUAUGUAUUACAUUGUGUGGAGUGUUUUCUACAAUUGCUUGUACUACUUCGACUGCCAACCUGUCGACGGACUGGAGCAGCUGUUGGAGGUGUACGGUGUAUCGAAGACACCCCCCAGUUACGACCUAGACGAGCAGGAGGAGAAUUUCAAAAAUAAUAAUGACUAA